CAUAUAUAUCCAUUCUCUUUCUUUUCUACUUUUUCUAUCUUUCCUGUUUUCGCCUCUGUUUUUUUCUACCUACACAUAAUGGAGAGCCCUCUGAAAACACAGAAGCAUCACUUUGGAGUACAGGUUCUCUUGAGAACUGUGGCGAUUGGAACAACAAUGGCAGCCAUAUGGUUGAUGAUGACCAGCAAGGAAAUUGCUAUUGUUUUUGGGUUGUCAUUUGAGGCAAAAUACAGCUAUAUGCCUGCUUUCAAGUUUUAUGCUUGUGCAAAUGGCAUUGCAUGCGCCUUCAUCGCAGCAUCCUUGUUGUUAUUCUUCAUCUUUGGUCGUAUAGGAUUAUCCCCAACUUGUUUCUUCAUCUUGUUCCUCCAUGAUCUGUUCACGAUGUUGCUGGUGCUUUCAAGUAUUUCUGCCGCAACUGCAGUCGGGUUGGUGGGUCGCAAUGGAAACAGCCACGCCGGAUGGAUGCCAAUCUGUGAUAAUCUGACCAAGUUCUGCUUCAGGGUGACGCUUUCCACUGUCUUUGGUUGCAUUUCAUUCAUUUUGUUGCUGGUUCUGACGAUCAUGGCUGCAAACAAAUAUAGACAAAUUUCUGUUUAGAAGGAAAUUAGGAAAAUGAAGAAGAAUAAGAAGAAAUGAUCGAUGAUGAUGCAGAUUGUGCAACGUGUAUGUGUGUCUCCGUCGUAAAGUCAGUGGCAGUUUUUGGAUUCCUUGCAGUAAUUCUUACAACAAAUUCUCAGAAUCGGAAGAAUUCAUCGUUAUGAUUUUCAAAUGAAUACAUGUUGUGAGGAUUUAAAUGAUAAAUUUUACAUAGAACCGUCAAAAUAGAUUUGUUGUAUUCUCAGUGUUUGAUUCUGUAAUGGUAAAUUAAUUAGAAAAAAAAGAGUGUUUUUUA